UUCGAGUUGUGAUCACUAGAGCACAAUGCGAUUCUAUACAUCUGGAUAACAAAAGUGAUGCAACUCUGUGAGGAUGAGAAAGGAAAGGCUGACAUCUUAUGAGAUGGAGCAAGAACUUGGACAAGGCUGGAGUGAUGAAGGUGUAGCAAUGCUCUGCUUUGACUCGUCCAGCAGCGCAUUCCAGGGGAGACUGGUCACACCCACAGGCAAACAGUAUGGCCUUAUGGGUAAAUCCUGUGGCCCCCCUCCAGACACCCACUUCCACCAGUGUUGCUUCGACGAAGACCCGGUGUUCUUCAAAAUCACUGUCAUUGAUUACAAGAGGAGAAGUGAGACUUUGCUGGACUACAUCAUGAAGACAAACGGGGACAACUGUUCACUGACGUCAGACAAUCUUGAAUUCAGUACAGAUGAAUUGUUGACCGAUGAGAAGGCAGAUGAUGUAAUUAAAAGGUUCUUUGACAAGAGUCUUCUGGGCAAGGACUGCCUUGUUUGUGUUGGACAGUGGAAGAUGCAGGUGAACUUUCCUUGUCCAGAGAAGAAAGAUGAGGGGGACGACUCUGACUUUUGAGCUGCAUUUUGAAAUAUAAGAAUCACUACAGAUAAUAGUGGUACGGAAGUCAGUGCCGUGUGACCACAACACAAUUUUCUAAUUGGCACAUUCAAUCUCUUGGCACAUGGUCAGCAGCAGCAAAAGCUGACAUGGUUGAAAAGGUCACUUGUAAAGGAACUUUGGAACAUGGCUGAAUACUCGAAAGAAAACGACGCUAUCACUUGUCUCUUGGUCAAAGCUGUUUAUUUUAUUUACAAAAUGAACUGUGCUUACAAUACACAUUUCCCAUUCAAGUAAAGCUAUGCAAAUAAAUGCAAUGUUAAUUAUGGUGAACAGUUUGUUUCCAUUGUUCAAGUGUUUUGUCUACUCUUCCAAAUGUUUUUGCUAGAAACCAUUUUUAAAUCAUUUUCAGUCUAUUUACUGUCAACCUUUGACAUCUACUUUGCACUUUUUAAGGUUGAAAAUUGUCUCUCGGCACACUGGAGUCCCUUUGUACCGUCAAACCCCUUAAUGAGAUGCAUGGGACUUGACGAGGAUUGAUGCAACUCCUUGUGUCAUCAAGAGUGAAAACAAUACAAAGAUGAGCAAAAUGUCUACGUGGAUCUCAUUUUCAGGGUUUAACUCAACCACAGACAAGAGAGUACUUAACCCAUAUUCUACAGACACUUUAAAUUUUUUAUCUUUAUCAAGAACUCUUGCUGGGUGACUCCUGUAUGGAAUAAACUUCAGAAAAAGUGACAUCGAAGGGCCAACUUCAAUGCAGUCUAGAUUUUUUGUGAGUAAAGUCUUUCUAAAUGCACCUUUGUGCCAUUUAACUUAGUUCUUGUGCCAUUUUAGGGGGAAUUAGCAGUGUUGUAAUCAAGUCCAUCACAAGUCAUUGAGUCUUAAGCCAAUUCUAUUCAAAUAAGCUGUAACAAAAGUAUUCUUUUGUCAAUGGUCACCCUCGCACCUGAGACUGGCCUUGUGAAAGGACUUGUGAGGGACUCGAAUACAACACUGGAAUUUGGACGCCUUGAUUUUUAAUGCUAAUGAAAAUUUGUAUGUUCAUGAGCAAGGGUUCCAUGUCAACUCAAGAAUAAACUUUCUAUUCAUGAAGUAACGGCACAGACAUGUACAGGUAUGCAGGUGGUGAACCUCUGGAUUUUCUUUUCUUUGGUGCUUCAUGCCAGCACAGGCCACAGUGCAAAGUUUACUAAUAAGUAAUUUUAGAAAGCCAAAUUGGGGUCCACACUUUGAAAUUAAUUUGAGAGUGACUCCGGUAACUCACGGCAACGGCACCCUCAUUUAGCAGGAAGGAGCAUCAUGAAAAUUUGAAAUGCACAAAAAGUACACUUUUCAAAAAGACUAACUACAGUGGGACGUCAAAUAGUUCUCGUACAUUGGA